AUGUACCGCCGCGACCUGCUCUUCAGGCCCACUCGAUCCCACCAGCACAGGAGUCCAACAUCGACCUUGGCUAAUGGACACAACACCCGUUACUCGUCCCCGACUACCGGCAGCAGUUCCGAGUCCGACUUGCUAACGAUCCCUCAAGGUGAAAAUUUGCCAAGAGUCAUUCUAUCAAUUGACAAUGAAGGAUUUCAGAGAGAAUCGCGGAUUGCGCCUCGACUUCGCGUCGGUCAAUCUGGGAGGUUCGACUAUGUGUCACCUUACCUCUGGCACAUUUUCGACAACGCGAAUGAGUUUGAAAAAGUGGGCUAUGCAUCAAACCCAUUGACCUUGCACGCUUGGCUUUACAACACAUUUGGUCAUGUCGGAAAGGAUAACACAGAUUUAAGUGGCAGGGGCAAAUCGACCAGGGCUUUCAAUUGUUCUCCUUCCAAAAUCGCGCUGCCAAAUACUACGCCACUACCCAGUGCUGCCCGAGGCAUUUGGGUGUGCUACCCACCUGAAUCAAUGAUGAAUGGCGCCUCAGAUUUCAAAGUGCAUUUGGCAUCUCUAGGAAAGGGGCUGCUAGUCCUUCCCCCUGAAGUGACUUCCAGACAGGGUUUUGAAGGACACAAAUACUCAAACGAAGCCACUUGGGUUCAAGAUGGUCCCAACCUGAUGGAACCUUAUCCUCUAUUCCAAUACGUUUCACGAUCGCUCCUUCAGAUCUGCUCCCACGUUGUUGAGCAAUUGCCGCCUGAGUAUGAAGGGCUCAUAUCGCUGCAAGAUUUUCUACAUUCGCUAACAAUGAAGGUUAACGGCGAAAGGGUUACAGCGGGCGAAUGGUCUGCAGCACCUGAUGGGCCGACUUGCGAUAGUUAUGACACUGAGGAAGACACAGCAAGAGACGAGGUUGAUCAGGCGAAUGAACUUGGCACAACAGGUUGUCGCGGAAGGAGCAAGCACAACGCUGUAGUACAGCGUCGUGAUCAUGAAAUAGAAUGGUUGGAUCACUGCGAAAAGCACGCAAAGUUUAUACCGUCCAUGGCGAAUGUCAAUUUCGAUGAAUAUAAAGAAAGAAUCAAACUAGGAAUAUGGGGUAAAAGAUGUCUACCUAGGGGUUCUACAGGGAUGGGUAAAAAAACGGAAGGAGCGUCAUCUCAGAAGAUGAAACACAAUCAAGGAUCGUCUCAAAACAAGAGAAAAGAAUAUUUAAGUGCCUUAUUUGGCAACAGCAUGCCUAUCUUGUUGUGUAUUUGA